GAAAAAGAAAAAGAAAAAUAUAAUAUGAGUAAUAAUAAAAAGUUUGAAGAUGGUGAGUUUGACUCAUCAUCUUCAAAGAUCAGUAAUAAUGAUAAUAUAAUAUUAGAUAACAAUAGUAGUAUUAAUAAUAGUAAUAAUAAUGAUGAUAAUAUAUUCAGCAUUAAUGAUAAUGAUGAAGAAUUUAAUGAAAAAACAUCAUUAAUUAAUAACAAGUCAGAAACAAAUAAAAUAGAAGAAGAAGUAGAAAUUGAAGGAUUAGACGAAGAAUAUGAACAAGAGAUGACAUUACAAGACUUUUCAAAAAUGAUUGUUAUGAUUCUUAUACCAGUAUCAAUUACUAUGGCAGCAGUUGUAUAUUUUGUAAAACUUUUAAAUUCUCAAACAGUUUAUGCAUCAACCAUUUAUAUUGAUUACAGUCAACUUAGUACUGGAGAUAGCGGUGGAUCAGAAUUUGUACAAUCAUUAAUAGCAGCUAGUAUUGUAUUGGGCAUGAUUAUUAUUACAACAGUUUGUUUUGUACUAUUAUAUAAAUAUAGAUGUUUAAAGAUUCUAUAUGGAUGGUUAUUUUUAUCAGUUGGUAUGAUGUUGGGUUCAUUUGGUUCAACUUUUUUCCAGUCAUUACUUAUAGCAGGCAAUAUGGCAUUAGAUUAUGUAACAUUUGCAUUUUUAAUUUAUAACUUUACAGUUUGUGGUAUCGUCGCUGUAUUUUGGUAUUCCCAUCAAUAUGUAAAUCAACUAUAUCUUGUAAUUAUCAGUAUUCUAAUGGCAAUCUCCUUAACAAGAUUACCACAAUGGACUAUUUUCACUUUAUUAGUAAUCGUUGCCAUCUAUGAUCUUUUCGCUGUACUUUGUCCUCGUGGUCCAUUAAAAGUAUUGGUAGAGUUAUCUCAAGAAAGAAAAGAAAGUAUUCCCGCUUUAGUUUACGAAACUGGUAAAGGUUCCGAUAAUAAUUUAAAACUUGGUUUAGGUGAUUUCAUUUUUUAUAGUUUAUUAAUUAGUAGGGCUGCAUUAGUACAUAUGUCAACUGUUUUUACUGUUUUUAUUUCAAUUAUAACUGGUUUAUUCCUAACUUUACUAUGCUUAGCUAUUUUCAAUAGAGCUUUACCAGCUUUACCAAUUUCAAUUUUUUUAGGAAUUUUAGUCUAUUAUCUUUCAACAACAUUUUUAUAUCCAUUUAUUGAAGCUUUAACAAUUGCUCAAGUCUUUGUUUAAAAUUUAAUAAAUAAACAAUAUUAAUAUUUAAAAGUGAAUAAAUAAAUAAACAAAUAAAAGAAAAUUUUAGAAUUUAUUAUAAUUUUUAAUACUUUAAUUAUUUAAU